GAGAGAAACAACUACGCCGGAUUUGAUUGAUGAGAGAAACAACUACGCCGGCGAGAUAUAUAUAGAGAGAGAGAGGGAGGGAGUCUAAGCUAAAUUCCGUGAACUUCCGCCAUAAAAUGCAUAAUCCACCACCUUGCACGUCUAAGGCGGAUUUAUAUUCAUCAAUUCUUCAAACAGGCAUCAAAACCAAAUGCCCUUUUACAGUGAAGCCAAUCCACGCCCUCAUACUCAAAUCGGGACUUCACUUUGGUGUGUUCUUGAUGAACAAUGUCAUGAACGCGUACGCGAAAUCCGGGUUCAUUUCCGAUGCCCGCUACGUGUUCGAUAAAAUGCCCGUGAAGAAUGUAUCUACGUAUAACACGCUCUUAUCCGCUUAUGCCAAACAGGGUAUGAUACACGAAGCGCUCUGUGUGUUCGACGAAAUGCCCGAACCAGAUUCUGUUUCUUGGACCUCGUUGAUUGUGGGGUACAAUCGAAUGGGUCGUUUCGAGGUUGCUUUCCAAAAAUUCUUGGAGAUGAUCAAGUCUGAAGUUGUGCCUACUGAAUACACAUUCACUAACAUUCUCGCCUCGUGUGCAGCGAUCGAGUCGUUGGAUGUGGGCAAAAAAGUCCACUCUUUUAUCGUUAAACUCGGGCUCUCUGGUUAUGUUUCCGUAUCAAAUUCGUUAUUGAAUAUGUACGCAAAGACAGGUGAUGUUAGGACAGCUGUCACUGUGCUUGAUCGGAUUAAACUGAAGAAUGUUUCGACUUGGAACGCAAUUAUAACGCUGCAUAUGCAGACAGGACAAGUGGAACAAGCACAUGCUCAAUUUGAGCAAAUGAAAGAACGCGAUAUUAUUUCUUGGAAUUCGAUGAUUGCAGGUUAUAAUCAGUGCGGUUUUGAUGCCAAAGCACUGAAGAUAUUUUCCGAAAUGCUCGAAGAGUCUAAACUGAAACCCGAUAGAUACACUCUGACGAGUGUAUUGUCUUCUUGUGCAAAUCUCGAGGAAUUAGAAACCGGGAAGCAAAUCCAUGCUUAUAUUAUUAGAACCGAAUUGGAUAUUUCAGGUGCAGCUGGGAAUGCGUUGAUCUAUAUGUACUCAAAAUGCGGUGGCGUAGAAAUAGCUCGAAAAAUAUUGCAAAAGCGUGGAAAACCGAGUCUUGAAAUUAUUGCAUUUACAGCUUUAUUGGAUGGAUAUAUCAAGAUUGGAGAUAUAACUCCAGCGAGGCAAAUUUUCGACUCGUUGGAGAAUUGUGAUGUGGUUGCAUGGACUGCUAUGAUAGUUGGAUACUCACAAAACGGACACAAUAACGAAGCAAUGAAGCUCUUCAAAUCCAUGUUCGAAGAAGGCCCGUUACCUAAUAAUUACACACUUGCAGCUAUACUAAGCGUGAGUUCGAAUUUAGCUUCGUUAAAUCACGGGAAACAAAUCCACGCAGCUGCAGUGAAGCUAGGGGUAGACUCGUCAAUUUCUGUGAGCAAUGCGUUAAUUAACAUGUACGCAAGAUCCGGUAAUAUCGAAUGUGCAAGAAAAGCGUUCGCUUUAGUACAAGGAAGAAGAGAUUCGGUUUCUUGGACUUCAAUGAUUGUUGCUUUAGGACAACACGGGCUUGCUGACAUGGCAUUGGAAUUGUUCGAAAAAAUGCUGUCUUUGGAUAUUAAACCGGACCAUAUAACUUACAUAGGUGUUCUCUCUGCAUGCACUCACGCGGGCUUAGUCGAAAAGGGGCGUAGCUAUUUCAAAAAGAUGAAAGAUUUGCAUGGAGUGGAGCCCACUUCGAGCCAUUGUGCAUGCAUGGUUGACCUUUUUGGUCGAGCGGGUUUGUUAGACGAAGCACAAGAUUUUAUCAAGAACAUGAAAAUCGAGCCCGAUGUAAUAGCUUGGGGUUCGCUUUUAGCUUCUUGUAGGGCCCACAAGAACGUGGAUCUUGCGAUGGUUGCAGCGGAGAAUAUGCUCUCGCUCGAACCGGAUAACAGUGGGGCCUACUCAGCUCUCGCGAACGUAUAUUCAGCUUCGGGAAAAUGGGAAGAAGCUGCGAAAAUUAGAAAAUCGAUGAAGGAUAGGAAAGUGAAGAAGGAGCAAGGAAUUAGUUGGUUACAAUUAAAGAGUGAAGUUCAUGUGUUUGGUGCGGAUGAUUCGGUUCAUUUACAGAGAGACGAGGUUUAUCGGAAAAUGGCGGAAAUUUGGGAGGAUAUUAAGAAGAUGGGCUUUGUUCCGGAAACUUCUUCGGUGUUGCACGAUCUUGACGAAGAGUUGAAAGAGGAGAUUUUGAAGCAUCAUAGCGAAAAGCUUGCGAUUGCGUUUGGAUUGAUGAGUACUCCCGAUGGAACGACUUUGAGGAUUAUGAAGAAUUUAAGAGUAUGCAACGACUGUCAUUCUGCAAUUAAAUUUAUUUCGAAAUUGGUAGGUAGAGAAAUAAUUGUUAGGGACGCCACGCGUUUCCAUCAUUUCAAGAAUGGUUUGUGCUCGUGUCGGGAUUAUUGGUGAUUGUGUACUGUGUUAUGAAGACAUAAUUUAAAUUCUUGGCUCGACUUUUGAAAUUUAAUUUUUUCUGGAG